AGAGGCGUCAUUGAUUGUCAAAAAGAAUAAAAAAAGAAAAAGGUCGCCAUCGUCAGUUUCAUGUUAUUGCGUCAGUUUUAUCAGAAAAACCUUUAAUAAAAGACUAGAGAAUUUAUCAAAAUAUAGAUCACAUUAUCACGGAAAUAAUUUGCUAAUGGCACCACGUCGUUGCACAAUUAAAGGAUGUCCAUCCGUAUCAGGACGACAGCAGCAUCGCGGUGUUACUUUUCACACAUUUCCGCUGAAUCCAAUUGCCCGUCAGUUUUGGUUAACAAACUGCAAUCUGCCCGACACAAAGAAUAUAACGAAAAGCAUUUUGGUGUGCUCUCGACACUUUCGCCGUGCAGAUUUUCAACCGCUCAAAAACAAUAAAUAUUUAUUGAAACAAGGAGCCGUGCCGACCAUAUUUCCAUGGGGUACACUUCCAUACGUUGAACCAACACCGCAUAGUGUCAUCGAAAGUGGAGAGCCUAUGGUCAUUGCCGAUGAUAAGCCCGCAGAGCCGUUGCCGUUGGUCAAUCAGCAGUUGGUCGAUGAAAUUGUAAAAAUUAAAUCGGAAAUGAAAGCAACGAUUGGUGUAAAGUCGCCGGGUAAGCGAUCGGCUAGUGUCGAUGAACCCGGCACAAGUGAACCGAAAAAGAAAGCCAUUCGAGUUUCCUUGGAUUCGAAGAAAUUAUCCAACGAACCUAUCGCCACAGCAUCGUUUGAUCCGUUUUCAAAGUUUUCACCGGGUGCACGUAUCGAGGCACAAGAUUUCAAUGGAGCAUGGCACACGGCAAAAGUCGUCGAAGUGGACGGCGAUGAGAAGGAGGUUCUGAUUAAUUUCGAGAAAAACUCGAAGUCGAAAGCACCAGCUACGGCUACCGAAUGGAUUCCGAUGAAUAGCAGCCGUCUGAGACAAGUAGUCAAGAAACCUAUUGCAUCGUACGUUCCCGGCGAAAAAUGUUUGGCUCGAUGGACAGAUUCACGAAAGUUCCCAGCCACCAUACAGAAGGUCCUUGAAAACAACACAUACGAAGUUCUGUUCGAUGACGGUUUCGUCAAAGUGGUUCGUGCCGGUCAUAUAUCCAAAGUGAAAGUUCCCGAGCCCAAAACGCCCAAAUCAGACAAAUCUGGUCGCAAAUCCAAUCCGCAUCUACCGAUUCCGAAAUUCGAUUUGGCAAAAUUGAAUCUGCUACCGGUACCGAAAGAUGGUGAGUGGUGUUGCAAUUGGGUCAAUGAAAUCCCUAUUGGAGCUGAAGGUUAUUUGGAUGGGCCCGAUGGUCACAAACGCCCAACUGUAUUGGUUGAAGAUUGGCGUCUUCCGGCUGGUUGGACGAAGCAUUUGUACCAAAGGUCUAGUGUCUCUGGAAAAUGGGAUGUUGUGUUGGUCGGGCCAACGAAAAAACGUUUCCGAUCCAAGAACGAUGUCAAAGUGUAUUUGGAGGAAAAGGGUGAGGUGUACAAUCCAGAUAUCUAUGACUUCAGCAUUCACAAACGGCGUGCCAAAGACAUCGGACUGUUCGUCUUUACCGAUGAAUACAAAGAAGAAUUGAAAAAUAAGCAAUUGCUGGCUGCAUCAACUGCUGCCACAGCAGCAUCAUCGAUCACUCCGCUAUUAUUGAACACAAGUGACGAUGCGUUCCAGGGAUUUUCGUCGAAAGAAAGUUCGUUCUUAUCAUCAACUCUACCCAGCACACCAUUGAGCUCUAUAGGCUCGUUGAACGCCAGCGCAAUACCAUCAACUCCACAGUCAAUUCCGUUACUACAACCACAUCCACCACCACCUCCACUUCCACCUACUGAUCCAGGUUAUGUUUACGUUGGUGCACUGAAAGUUCAAUUGAUUGACAAUUUGUUCCAUUGUCCGGAGGCGACCUGCAACAAAAACUUUCGCAAGGAGAACCAUCUGCAAAUUCACGUCAAACACUAUCACUUAGAUCUCGCCAAAUUAUUGGGAGUCUGUCCCAAUAUGUCGGACUUAGCCUAUCAACGAACGGUUGGUAUGCCGAUCGACGAAGCGGUACCCAAAAAUCAAAUACCAAAUUCACAGUUCUUUGAGAAGGUGUACCAGUCUGAUUUGAGUUCAAAACUGCAACGUAAAUCGAUGUCACCAUCCACUCAAGUGAAAGCGGAACCCAGAUCGCCGAAUUUCAGCGAAAAAGCUGCCAAUAUUUCUGCACAUAGUGACGAGGUAGACAAACCGGUGGCUGAGCCGAUCGCUCAAUCGCAAGAAAUUGCUAACAUUUUGCACCAGAGCCUCAGCAACGAGAAAAACGUAGAACAAAUCAUUCAUGCGCAAGAGUGUAUCGGAUCGCCAAAGAAACCGGAAGCAAUGCCACUGGAUGCAGACGUUGCGAUUGUGAAAAAAAGUGAAACGCCAACCGCAAGGACAAAGGCGACAAAACGAAGGCCGAUAAAGCCGUUGAAUCGCCAAAAAGCACGACGAAACAUCAAAAAAGCAUUCAUGAAGUCACUUCAAGAAGCGAAGGCAUCCAUUGUGAAAGAUUUUGGCGAUGCGAACGAGGGACGAGUUCCACUGAGCAGCGUUUCCGAAUUAUCACCCACCAAAAGUUCUCGAUUGAAAUUCCUGCAACCAGUUGACAUUGGAAGCAGCAAAACAAUUGCUCACGAUCGGCAACACGUUCCCGAAAUGAACGCGCCACAUCCAAAGUACAUCAACGAGAACGGUGAAGUAAUCAAAAUCGUGCGAAUGCGUCAGGAGGAAAUAAUCAACUGUCUAUGUUCCUACGUCGAAGAGGAUGGAUUGAUGAUACAAUGUGAAUUAUGUUUGUGCUGGCAACACGGCAUUUGCAACGGCAUCGAAAAAGAAAGUCAGGUACCGGAGAAGUACAUCUGCUAUAUUUGUCGAAAUCCACAAAGAGGCCGCGAAUCGAUGAAGUAUGCGCACGACCAAGAUUGGUUACUAGCUGGUAAGCUACCUGUAGCCAAUUACCACCCAGCGAACUCAAAGCAUACCGAACGAUUUGACAUGUUGAAACAAAGUCACACAUUGACCGGUAAUUUGAUCGAACUGAAACGAUUCAUGCACAGUCUCAAUGUGAAAAUAAACAUUGCCGAAAACAAGGACCACCCGAAAAUGUAUUUGUGGUCAAAGAAAUGGGAAAAAUGUCCAACGACCGCCGAACUAACUGGCAUCGAAAUGUUAGCCCAAUCCGACAAAUCUAAGUUUGUCACGAAUGAAGCGCUGAAUGAAUUAUUCAGUAACACGGAAGUGAAGAAGGACGCCGUCAAAGAAGAGGAAUUAAAUACGCCAAUGGAGGUUGCAGCGGACACAUCUGAUCCAAAUGAAGACAAAACUGCAACAGUUCCAGUGAAGGAAGAGGAAGCAGCGCUCACGGAGGAAAAACCAAAUGUAUUCGGUGACGAUAAGAUGAUUGUCGAUCAAAGCAUUCUGGCUGGUUUGUUGAAUAGCAGCGGAGGGGUUAAUGUGGAACAGACUCAAGAAACUGUAGCGGUAAAAAUUCCACAACCAGAAGCGGCUAUCAAUCCAUCGGAGUGUCAGCUACUCUUGUUGGACCACAUUCAAAAGCAACAAAAUCUCGUAAUGGGACGACUGCAAACCAUCGAAGCACAAAUAAUCGCUCUUGAAUGCCGUGACGACAAAAUGGACAUAAUGGAACAACCAGAAAGUUGCUCGAAGACAAAGCAAAUCAUCAGCCUGUUAUUGAACGAUCUCCAGAAAAUGCGAAAAAUUGCUGCCAUUAACUCGAUGGAAAACAAAUUGGAGAUCUAGACGUUUAGUUAUAUUUGCGUUUUCGUGUAGCUGUACACACACAAUCUUUAAAUAAAGCAAAAAAAAAUUGCCCAA